UUUGGUCGGAGUAUUCGAGGGAUAGUUUGGUUCUCUCCUUUGGGCAUAGGAUCAAUUGUGAUUUUCCGUUGAGUUAUUAUUUAAAGUCGUUUUUAGUAAAUUUUUGUAUAAAAUCGUUAUAGGUAGUAACAGUUACAUACGUAUUCGACGCACUUAUUCAAUAGAUAAUUAUUUAUAGCUGUUAUAGAUUGCUAUAUUAAUCAUGGAUAUGCUGAAACUAUUCUUCGUAUUCUUUCCACUAAUGAUGUUGGCGAAAUCCGAGAUUGCAGUCGAAUGGAUUUGCCCAGAUACCGAACAAAUGGGCAAUUGCAGUACCGUACCUAAGAUUACAGACUUGCUCCAAAGGAUUUCUGAAAAUAACGAAUAUCCAGACUUAUACUAUUGCCCAUUCAAUAUUGUGGAACGUUACUCAAAGUGUAUGCAAUAUUUCUUGUAUAGUUGUUAUGCACAUUCGAGUGAUCCUGAUAAAACUCUUCUCGCGACAUAUUACCUGCCAUUUAACGAGGAUUCAAAAAAACUCUGCAUUAAAGGCCGACCUUACAGGAAGGAAUUUAUAGAACACGCGGCUUGUACGAAUGCAGUGUUAAAAGCUGAACACCUAUGGAAACAAUAUUGGCAACAGAAAACAUCGGAACUUGGUGAACUUGAAAAGAAGAACAUAGACGACAUGCCAAUCAAUGAGAAAUGCCAACUGAUCAACAAUUAUUGGGAUUCAACAAACAUGCAUAUUCGCUUUCAAUGUGGAUUAAGACCGAAAAGUUUCACCGCCAAGUGCUUGGGAACAUGUGGCCAUUUUCGAUUUUAUUGAAAUUAUGCAAGGAACUAUCAGCUUAUGGAGUGUGAUUCGAUGUACAGUUCAAACCAAAGAUUUCGGAUUAUCAAUAAGGGUUACAAACCAUUGCUUUUCAAAUUUAUAUAAUUGAGUCAUCGCUUAUUAAUCUAUAUUUAUGGAUUAUUAAUUUAAAUUUAAUAAUGUAUGGUUUUUUAUUUG